AUGAGCGACAAGGUGUGCCCGGAGAUUUCGUGCUACCGCGCCGGGGCGGAGCCCGCGGCGGAAAAGACGCCGCCGCCGUCAGCCCCGGGCGCCAACUCCGCCUCCUCCGCCGUACAGCAGAAGAAGAACCACAUCCCGACGCUGUACGGCGACGGCGUCGGGAAUGGCAACGCCCUGAAAGGGUACGGCCCGGAACGCCGCGUCGUCAUCUUCAGCACCGUGUGGAACCACGUCGACGGCGUCUCGCGGACGAUGAAACGACUCGCGUCGCACCUCAAGAAUCGCGCGGACUCGUCCGUCUUCGUGAUGUCCCCGGAUCUCACCGAGAGCGACUUCGCGGAGGCGUCCAACUCGCACCGGUUCCACGUCAGCGAGGUCCCCGCGAUCCCCGUCCCCGGACGCCCCGAGUACAAGAUGGCGGCGCCGCUUCAAGCGCGGCAACGCGCCGCGCUCGAGACGUACGCGCCGCACGUCGUCCACGUGGCGGCGCCCGACAUGCUCGGGCACUCAGCGGUUCGAUGGGCCGCGGACUUUGGCGUGUGCUCCGUGUGUUCGUAUCACACCGCGUACGACACGUAUUUGCAGUAUUACAGAGUAGGGAUGCUCGCGGCGCCGCUGCGGCAGAUGCUGAGCGGGUUUUACUCGUCGUGCGACGUCGUCGCGACGCCGUCGUACGCCGCGGCGGAGCACCUCGCGGAGAUGGGCGUCCCGCGCGAGCGGAUGGGGUUCUUCCCGCGCGGGAUCAACACCACGGAGUUUUCGCCCGGGCAGCGGUCGCUGACGUUUAGGAAGGAGCUCGCGAGGACGGAGGACGGCGAGGUCGUCAUCCUGUGGGUCGCGCGGAUCGUGCGCGAGAAAGGGUUGGGGACGUUCGUGCGGACGAUCGCGGCUUUGCUUCAGGGGAAGAACAAGGGGAUCAUCGAGGGUUUGCCGCCGUUUCGCGUCGUCAUCGCGGGCGACGGCCCGGACCUGCCGUGGACGCGGAAGCAGCUGGAGGGUUUCCCGGAGGUCAAAAUCUUAGGCCACGCCGGCGGCGGCCGGCUCUCGCGGAUCUACGCGAGCGGCGACAUCUUCUAUUUCCCGUCGCGAACCGAGGUGAUCCCGAACAACCUCAUCGAAGCCAUGGCGAGCGGCCUCGCGGUGGUGACAGACGACGUCGGCGUCAACCGCGCCAUCGUCCGCGACGGCGUCACCGGCGUCCUCGUCAAGGACACCGCGCCGCUCCCCGCGGACGUGACGUCCUACGUCGAGACAAUCGCGGGUCUGCUGCGAGACCCCGACCGUCGAGCGAAGAUGGCGGCGGCGGCGAGAGAGAGCACGACGGGUCUGACGUGGAAGCGCACGUUCGCGAGCUUGCGGCGGUCGUACGACAGGUGCCGACCGGGGAGGCCGUACGCGCGUCACGCGGACGUGAACAUCCCGGGUAGCAAGGCGAAUCUCGAGGCGAAGAAUCGCGUCGGGGGGCCCCCGGAGUUGAACC